CCAUGCGAGAGAUGAGUAAGACUCUCAGAGGAGAGAGGUGUUGGGGUUUGAUGAGUCAGAUCGGGGAAUUCGGGAAGGAUGGAAGGAUAGGAUGAUCUGACUAGGAGCGUAUUGGAUGAGAUGAUAAUAAUUAGGGACGUCGUGUUUAAGUGGUAGACUCUAAGUCCAAAGCCGAAUCCAACCUUCCCACUAAGCGUCAGUGAUAUUCCAGUCCUGUUCAGCUCGAGGAGGUUCCAGAAUGGAGAUUUUUCGCUUCCCGCAUGCCUCGCAAGGAGAGGCGAAAUGAGGAAUCCAAAUCCCAAAGGGCAACUCGUGUGCGCCGGCCUGCCACUCUGCCAGCCAAGGAACUGAUAAUUUAGUCCUCUCAAGAAGGCGGCUGGAGAAGAAGAAGAAGGAGCAAUUUUUAAGAAGAGGCUGAUUGAUUGAUGCAUAUCGUCGGCCCUCCCUUCCUUCCCGAACCAGAAGAAAGCAGAAAGAAAGAGAGGAGAGAGAGAGAUCGAUACAUAUAGUAGUAGUUCAUAAUAGCAAAUAGCAUUUUCAUUAUAAUUAUAUAUGGACUUGAGGACUCGGGAAUCACCGAUUAGUACAGGCCAAGCCAUGGAUUCCGAAGCUGGAACUUCGACUCCUCGAACUCCUUCUCAGUUCUCGUGGAGGUACAUCUCCAGGAAUUUGAUAUUGGCAUAUCAAAGCUUUGGUGUGGUCUACGGCGACUUGAGCACUUCACCUCUCUAUGUUUACAAAAGCACCUUUGUUGGAAAGUUGCAAAACCACCAGAAUGAAGAUGCAAUAUUUGGUGCAUUUUCAUUGAUUUUCUGGACCCUUACUUUGAUCCCCUUGAUCAAGUAUGUCUUCAUACUUUUAAGUGCCGAUGACAAUGGGGAAGGUGGAACAUUUGCUCUUUACUCGCUUCUUUGCAGGCAUGCAAAGUUUAAUUUACUUCCAAAUCAGCAAGCUGCUGAUGAGGAGCUUUCUGCAUACCAAUAUGGGCCCUCGUCACAGGCUGUAGCCUCGUCCCCAUUGAAGCGAUUUCUUGAGAAGCAUAAAAGGCUCAGGACAGGUCUACUUCUGGUGGUAUUAUUCGGAGCAUGCAUGGUUAUAGGUGAUGGUGUUCUUACCCCGGCAAUAUCAGUUCUAUCAUCAGUGUCCGGGCUGCAAGCUACCGAAAAUAAACUGACUGAUGGUGAGAUGACAUUGAUUGCCUGUAUCAUAUUGGUGGGCUUGUUUGCUCUGCAGCAUUGUGGCACACACAAAGUUGCUUUUCUGUUUGCACCAAUUGUCAUUAUCUGGUUAAUAUCAAUUUUUUCCAUUGGAUUAUACAACACAAUACAUUGGAACCCAAGGAUUUUGUCUGCAAUUUCUCCAUAUUACAUCAUUAAGUUCUUUAGAGAGACAGGAAAAGAUGGAUGGAUUUCUCUUGGAGGUAUUCUCCUUUCAAUCACAGGUACUGAAGCUAUGUUCGCCGAUCUGGGUCACUUCACUGCCUUGUCAAUCAGGAUUGCUUUUGCCCUUGUUGUGUAUCCCUCGUUGAUAGUGCAAUACAUGGGGCAAGCUGCUUUUCUUUCUAAAAAUAUCUCUUCAAUUCCUCACAGUUUCUACAACUCGAUACCAAGUAGUAUAUUUUGGCCCGUCUUUGUAAUCGCUACACUUGCAGCCAUUGUUGGGAGUCAGGCUGUCAUAACAGCUACUUUCUCCAUUAUCAAACAAUGCCAUGCCCUUGGUUGCUUUCCACGAGUCAAGGUCGUCCACACCUCUAAACAUAUAUAUGGGCAGAUCUACAUUCCGGAGAUAAAUUGGAUCCUCAUGGUCCUUUGUCUUGCGAUAACUAUCGGAUUCCAAGAUACAACUUUGAUUGGAAAUGCUUAUGGCAUUGCUUGCAUGACUGUGAUGUUUGUCACAACUUGUCUUAUGGCACUUGUCAUAAUCUUCGUGUGGCGGAGAAAUGUUCUGCUGGCUGCUGCAUUCCUCCUUUUCUUUGGAUGUAUCGAGGGGGCUUACCUCUCAUCAUCAUUCAUCAAAGUACCCCAGGGAGGAUGGGUUCCUCUUGCACUCUCAACCAUCUUUAUGGUUGUCAUGUUUGUUUGGCACUAUGGGACUCGCAAAAAGUACAACUUUGAUCUUCACAAUAAGGUUUCUCUGAAAUGGUUACUAGGCCUGGGCCCUAGCCUCGGAAUUGUCCGUGUGCCAGGCAUCGGGCUUAUCUACUCAGAAUUGGCAACUGGGGUUCCUGCAAUUUUCUCCCAUUUUGUCACUAACCUUCCUGCAUUUCACCAGGUCUUGGUGUUUGUCUGUGUGAAAUCAGUCCCAGUCCCUUACGUCUCGCCAGAGGAAUGCUACCUCAUUGGUAGGAUUUGUCCAAGACCCUACAGGAUGUACCGGUGCAUUGUGAGGUACGGGUACAAGGACAUCCCGCGGGAUGAUGGAGACUUUGAGAACCAUCUCAUCCAGAGCAUUGCAGAAUUCAUCCAGAUGGAGGCUAUAGAACCACAAUUAUCUAGCUCUGAGACUUCAUCAUUGGAUGGGAGGAUGGCUGUCAUAAGCACAAGAUCUCUCCAGUCAACCUCGAGCUUGGUUAUCUCUGAGGAAGAAAUGGACUGUGGUUUGAGCACCACCAUUCAAAGCAGCAAAUCAGAAACCCUCCAAAGCUUGAGAUCUGCAUAUGAGGAUGAGAAUCCACAUGUCACGAGGCGUCAAGUGAGGUUCCAGUUGCCAUCAAGCCCAAGUAUGGAUCCUUCGGUGAGGGAAGAGUUGUUGGAUUUGAUCCAGGCAAAGGAAGCAGGUGUUGCAUAUAUAAUGGGGCACUCCUAUGUGAAGGCCCGUAGGUCAUCAUCAUUCCUGAAAAAGCUGGUGAUCGACAUAGGGUAUUCAUUCCUCCGGAAAAACUGCAGGGGCCCUGCUGUGGCUCUGAACAUUCCUCACAUUAGCCUUAUUGAAGUUGGCAUGAUUUACUAUGUGUAGCCAUUGAAGGAUACAAUGGAUCGCAGGUGAGACAGUAAUCAGUGAGAGCCCCAUUUGCUUUUGUGAACUAAAGGAGGUCUGGGUUUCAGUUGGCAAGAAAGGGUGUGAAGAUAACUCUAGAUUCAGGUCUUUGAUAAAAGGUACAUCUUUCCUCGAAUCUCUCCUCAACAUUAUGUAUAUAUAUUUUCACAUAGCCCAGUACAACCAAUAAGGGUAGUUCAAUUCAAUGGAAUUCAUCUUACUAGGUAUAACUAUAUUACUCUGAUAGAAGUGAUGCUUAAAGCUGGGAAAAUGGAGAGGGAUGGCAUAAAAUUUUUGAGUAAGCUUAAUGAUUUUGAGGACAUAAUUCAUCAUUUUUGGUGGAUUUCUUUUUCCAUCUCUGGAAUAUACUCAGACCCUUUGUUAAUUCCUAUGCUGUGCAUGCAAGUUGUCAAAGGAUGCAGUUUACAUAAUGGAUCCCUAACAUUAAUGUU